GAGACAGAGGGGGAGGAGAGGACAGCAGUUAGGGAUACAAAGGAGGAGGGGCAGAGACAAAGGAAAAGUAGGCUGUAAACAAAUGAACUGAGACUGAACAGGAACACACCUGGAGUCAAGUAAAAGCUGCUGAAGGCCAGACGGGCAACUGAAAUAGCCAGAGAAGUCUCUGCGUUCCUGGGACAGAUACUUAAACAACAUUGCAACUGUGGGAAGAGAAAAUGGAGGCAUGUGACAACGGCAACAUCACACGUUGAGAAAGACAAACAAAAGCUCACGGAGAAAUACAAGAGAGGAGAAGAGUCACCAGGAGUGAAAGUAAGAAAAGCUCCACAGAGAAACAUAAAAACAUCAGAACACUUUUCACCAGUCUGUGAGGAUUUCUCAAGCAGCCUCAGAGAUCUCUUUACCACCUCUGCAUCAUGGCCUCUAUGGGGAUACAGAUGCUCGCCAGUGCCCUGUGCCUCACGGGGUGGGCAGGGGUCAUCAUCAGCUGUAUACUGCCCAUGUGGCGGGUCACGGCCUUCGUGGGAAGCACCAUCGUCACCUCCCAGACCAUCUGGGAGGGGAUCUGGAUGACUUGUGUGGUCCAGAGCACAGGGCAGCUCCAGUGUAAACCUUAUGAGUCUCUCCUUGCUCUCAGCGCAGACUUGCAGGCCGCCAGGGCACUCAUCGUCCUCGCCAUUACUACGGGCAGCAUAGGCCUCAUUUUGGCCUUUGUUGGAGGGAAGUGCACUCGCUUCUUGGAUGAAGAAGGAGGUGGGGUUAAGGGCAAGGUGGCUGUAGCAGCAGGGGCAGUUUUGAUUGUCACAGGGCUGCUGUGUUUGAUUCCCACCUCGUGGGCAGCUGGGGCUGUGGUGAGGAAGUUCUACAGUGCCUCUGUAGAUGCUCAGCGCAGGGAGAUUGGAGCCUGCCUCUACAUCGGCUGGGGAGCAUCCAUCCUGCUUAUUCUGGGAGGGGGUCUGUUCAUCAGCUCAACAUGCCCCCUCAAAGCCCACGACGCAGACAAGAGCCCCUCUGUCCGCUACCUGGUGGUCCGCUCCUCCAACGGGUCCCACCAGACUGGCUCUCAGCGCAGCAGAGCAACAGCUCAGCCUGUUGGAGCGGUAUUUCCCAGGUCUCAGAGCUACGAUGGGGCAUCGACAAAGCCCCCGCUGUACACAAGGCCUCCCUGGGAGGAUGGGUCCGAGCAAAACUCGAGGCUUGAGUCAGAGACAUCAUGGGCACCAUCAACGAAGUCUCAAUUGAAAAGGCCGGAGUCAACAAAGUCUGAAUACAGUGAGGCACCGUCUACAAAGUCUCAGCUCAAACGAGCAGAGAUGGAAGAGACUUUAUCAGUCAAGAGUGACAAUGAGGACGUGUCCACAAAUCCAGCAAGAACAUACCUAUAAAAUGGACACACACACACACACACACACACACACACACACACACACACACACACACACACACACAAAUGCAGAGCACAUCUAUACUUACUUAUGUUUACACACACAAUAGAAGUCUUUCAUACUAAGAGUUAUUUAGAAAUAGUAGUUCACUUAUUUUGUGACUGUUUACAUGCAAAGUAGUUCAUGGUUUUUAACUACAGUUAUCCUCAUACUUCACCAUGUUGCUUUGAUAGAAGGACAGAAGGGAAAAGGUUUGGUCUACAUUUGUUAAUAUGAAGGAGAAUAGCAGCUUAAGUUGAGUUUAAGAGCAAAUACAGUGACAAAAUCAAUCCUGGUGCAAAUGAAGUAUGCUAUCUUUGUCAUUGUUUUAAGAAAUGGACUUCUACAUCACUGACAUUUGUUUUGGCAUGUUAUGUUCGACCUGUUAAUGUGGAGCAUUACACUGAUAUCAACUAUUUUUCAUUCUCACUGUUUAAAUGCACUAAAUGAGGAUGAUUCCGUCUGCAGUACAAAUUUUACCUCAAACUUAUUAGCUUGUUUGUUUCUGCUGGAUGUACAGCACCCUGAAUGCAACAAAUUUGAGCCUAUUUUCCAUCAUUACAUUAACUUGAUACUAAGGAAUUUUAUACUCAAGCAUGUGUGCUCAUUUGAUGAGCUCUACAUAUUUUUGUCACAACUGUGAAAUGAGAUUUUAUGUUUAUUUUGAUGUACAGAUUUUAUUGGUGAAUAUCUGCGUACCUACUUCUUAAUAAAUGACUGUAAUAUAAUCGA